AGCAGUAGUGAACAGUAUAAAGGGUUACCCACAAAAGAUGAGACUAUAAAGACGAACUAAAAUAUAACGAUUACAAGAUUGUAUGGACUGUAAGUGAAUCCGUCCCCGUCUCCCUCCUCUCUCUCACUCUCUCGUGUAUAUUGGCCCUCUGUGACUCUACUUGAAACUCUCUGAAACUUCAGUUCAGUCGGUAGUGACACGCCGGGCAGUGAGUAUAAGGCAUCAACACCUUGAGAGUUAAUUUAGUUAAAUAGAAAUAGACAUUGUAUACUGUCUAGUGUCAACUCAAGUGAUAACUCGUGUCAUGUCUGAGUGAAUAAGUGCCAAUCAUUGUGUGAGCUUGAUGAUACGAUCCGUGAACACAGAAUCUAUAACACCGUAAUUUCGAGGAUUUUUCCGCAGAAUUAUUUUAGCGGAUUUGUGUGAAUUUUGUCGAGUUGAUUAAACUUAGUCGAGUGUAUGGUUGAGGUUGCCGAGAAGAUUGGAUGGAUUAUAUAUCUCCAGACACACAAGAUGACAGCGUGAUGAUGUAAAUUCUUCCGGAAAACAUAUUUUCCCGCCAAAUUUUGCGAAAUAAAUUCAAAAUGACGUUCGUCUUUAUUUUUCUUCUCUUCGCUGCACAUCUUGGAGUACCUGCUAGAGGUGAUUUCUUGUCUUCCUGUCCGGCACUCUGUAACUGCAAGUGGUCUAACGGGAAGCGGAUGGCCGAUUGCGUUGACAAGUCGUUGACGACCAUCCCGAUGUUCCAAACCUCGACCGACGACGGAAUUCAGGUGCUAAGUAUGGACGGGAACUAUAUCAAGGAGCUGGGAAAGGACGCCUUUGCCUCUGCAGGCCUGAUCAAUCUUCAGAAAAUCUCGAUGAAGAACUGCCAGAUCCAGAGGAUUCACGAGGACGCAUUCUCCAAGCUCAACAUCCUCACGGAGGUUAAUCUAGAGGGAAAUAAUCUGACGAAAAUCCCGCAGAAGACCUUCGACGGGAACAACAGGCUGCAGACCAUCAUCUUGGCCAGGAACCAGCUCGAGUACCUUAAGGAAUACCAAUUUCCCCCUCUACCUAAUCUGAAGAAGAUUGAUUUAUCGAGAACAGGUUUAAGAGAAAUGAGUCAGAAAGCUUUUAACAAUUUAGCUCAGAGUGUAGAAGAGAUAGAUCUCAGUGGUAAUCAACUGAAGAGUAUAGUAGAAACAACCUUUCUUCCACUACCGAGCUUGAAGACGCUGCGGCUCCAUGAUAAUCCCUGGGUCUGUGAUUGUCAGCUCAAAAGUUUUAGAGACUACGCUGUUCACAGGAACCUGAAUAACCCUGAGCCUAAAUGUUUUGAACCGGACAGGCUGGCAGAUAAAACCUGGACGGAUGUUAAAUCCCUAGAGUUUGCCUGUAAACCAACUAUCAAGGUAUACAACCGACGUGUGUAUGCUCAGUCUGGUUGGAAUGUAACCCUGACCUGCCAUAUUACUGGAAACCCUGUACCGAGUACUAGAUGGGUGCUGGCAGGACGGGUUAUCCACGAUAAUGCUGCUCCAUUACAUUCAAACAGUCUUGCACAACAAUAUAUUCUUCAGGAGGUCGCUCUAGGACCAGGCGGAAUAGAGCGAAAUAUCUCCUUGACAAUUACUAACGUUAAAUCGGCGGAUCAAGGCGACUAUAACUGUGUGGCGAUAAAUCAAGGCGGAAUGGCGGAGAAAAAUAUAACUUUAACAUUCGCCCACCCUAACACCUGGCCAGGUAAUAAAAUAAAAAAUAAUUAG